AUGGAGGUUUCGGGAACCGGUACGGAAUGGCCCAUGCCACAAGAUAUGGAGGAGAAUGCUCAGCUGCGCCAUAGACUCACGUCAGCAACACGGGGAACCUAUGUGAACCUGGCGAAUCUCGAUGGCCUCUCAGACGCCAUGCUCGCCCAUGUGUCCACCAUGAAACACCUGACAAGCAUCAACCUGAACUCUUCUUCGGGCUUCAGUGCAGAGGGCAUCAAGCACCUCUACAGUCUGCCUCGGCUGGAGAUGCUAUACAUUGCCCACACAAACGUUUCAGAUGAUGCCUUGGAAGGCAUUGGGUCCUUGGUCUGUCUCAAAAUCCUAGUUCUCGGUCAUACCAAGGUAACCGAUGCUGGUCUGCAGCACUUGACAGAUCUCCCCUCUCUCAAAGCCCUGGGGCUUUCUGGAUGCAAGGGUGUGACAAGUGCGGGCGUGGUGCACGUGGGGAGGCUGACAGGACUUGAGAGACUUGUGCUGGAUGGCACGGCAGUCACGGAUGAUGGGCUGCAGCAGCUGACUGCCCUGACCAAUCUGAGAACUCUCUAUACACCAGAAGGGGGUCGCCUUGACAAUGAGGCUGCAGGCAGGCGGAUCGGCAGGUAG